AGAGAACGACACUUAUCGGACAGUUCUGAGCUUAUCGGCUGUCGCGAAACCCGCAACAGCUGUCGUUUCCUCGGGGAACAGACGGGCGCCGUAGGAAUAUUGGAGUCCUCCUCGGGAUAUGUCGGUGUCCGUGUGUUCCAAGCGGCGGUCAGAGCUGGGCGAAGGCCCGCACUGGGACCCCAGUUCGGGCACCUUGCUGCACAUCGACGCCUACGUGCACGACGUGUGCCGGCUGGACGUGGCAUCGCAGGAGACGUCCACUGUUCGCCUGGACGGCAUCGUGACAUUCGUCAUUCCGUACCGAUCCGACCCAAACCUGAGCGUGGUCACGGUGAACCGCCAGGUCCGGAAACUGGAAUGGUCGACCGGCGCAACGGAGCUGCUGGCCGAGGUAGAGCCGGACAGACCGAACAACAUCUUCAACGACGGCAAGUGCGACGUCUCGGGUCGCCUGUGGGCAGGGACAAUGGGCAGGUACAGUGACGACGACCUCGUACAGGAAAGUGGGUCCCUGUACAGCUUCGAAGCGAGCAACUUCGAGACGAGGACCCACGUGCAGCAGCUGGGCAUUUCGAACGGGAUGACGUGGUCUCUGGACAACGAGACGAUGUUCUUCAACGACUCUCUCAAGCGGAAGAUUUACUCGUUUCGCUUUUCAGCGGAAGACGGAACGCUCAGUGACAAGCAGGUUUUCUUGGACUUCGCGACCAACCCCAUGUUCAAGGAGUGCGGUGAUCCCGACGGCAUGACUCACGACGUCGAGGGAAAGCUUUGGGUGGCAUGCUGGGACGCCUCGAGAAUCAUCAACAUUGACCCAGAGACAGGACCUUGCCAUACGGCUCCAAUCUCUGACGCACAACGUCGUCCGGCACAUCAUACGGGAUCCAGUGGAGACGAAGCCGUACCUCCGUGAUGCUGGGAUCCACGACGAGGCACCGAAGGCCCUUCAUCUGCAGUUCUGUGGCUUCCACGAGUCGUCUCUUUGUUUCUGCCGUUCGGAGGGUAGCCAUCUGUCAUGCAUGCGGCAUGCAUGAGGCAGCGGAUUCAGCGCGCACCGUCGCCGACGGGUUAUCGGGCUUUGUGAUUGUUAUAUUUUUGUUACCCGUGGUGUGCGCUGAUUGGUGCGACGAGAAAAAGACGAAGUGACGACGGAAGGACCGAGGAUGGAGACGGUGCGCGAGGAGAAAAGGAACGCGGUGGGCUGGAGCUGGUGCAAGCACGACUUCGAACCGGAAUAAAACGCUUUCCCCCCAAAA